AUGCGUUUUAGUGGUUCAAGAAAUCCUGUUGGUUUUGUUGUUAGUAAUGUGACAGCUGUGAACGCUAUUGCUGCAGCUUUGAGGACAUGGUCGAGCUAUACAACUCCAUUAGAUGGCAUUACUUGGCGUAUUGGUUAUUGCAGUGGAGCACCUGAAAUAAAUGCAAAUGGUCCUUUCUGUGACUGUAAUGCUCGCACCGUUUUAAGACCUUGUGAUAGUACACCAAGACACUUCGGUGGUAUGGAUGGGACAACAUGUGGAGCGCCUUCACAAUCUAUGACUCUUUCAUUUGAGUAA